AUGGCUCUACCUAGUGCGCCUCCUGUUCCGGAGACGACAGCUCCACCGAGCUCGCCUGUUCUGGGCCUCGCGGAUUCUGGAAUUAAUCCCCAGACCGCGGUGGUAGCGACAUCAAUUCCGGUGUCAGAAGCUUCGUCCUUGACUUAUAACGAGGCGAUUGGGUUGCUCGACCCAAUCGCCCCGUAUCAAACAGCAGCAAGAUCGGAGAGGAACCUGGCUUCUACCAGGGAGAUGAACCAAUUGCCUGCAGAAAGACCGCUCAGUGAUCAUUUCAUGAUCUCAUCCUGCUCGGAUAGAGCCUACGUCCCGACGCCAUUCAACACCCCUCGGACCGCAUCCGGAAGAGAAUCUCACCCUCAUCUGGCGCAAGAUUCCUCCCCUAGAGGAGAAGAAAACCCAUCUAUCAGAAGAGCAGCACCUCGUAUCUUUAGUGGUGAUCUAGGCGAAAAGGAGAGAGUCCACCUUCGCGGAGGAGGCCCAAAGAAGAGGCGUGGUGCUGCUGCUGGUAAUGCUCGUAAGAAGCCAAAGCCUGACAAGUACGCGGAUGUUGACCACUUGUUGUCGGACUUCAAAUCACCCAUCUUCCAAGAAGAUGCGAAUAUUAAGGCGGUUCUUACUCAUCCAUUGACAAGACACACGAUGGCCGAGCAAGGUGAACCAUACCCUUUCGACGAGAUGACUGGAGAUGAGAUUGCAACCACUGCCGCAGACUUCAAGUCAGAUGGUAGUUACGGAAGAUUUGACCCGGACUGGAUAGAUCAAGCUAUUAAAGCAUCUCAAACCCGCGCAUCUGGUGGAUAUGAUGCCUAUCUAGACAGUCAAUUCGCAGAAAAUUGGGCUGAAGACGAAGAGCAAAUCUCAGAUGAAGAAACUAAAGACCUCAAUGAUAAUGGCGACCAUGGCGGCAGCGGCAGCGGCGAGACAAAGCCUGACAAGAAAGAUGAAAAGAAUUAG